AUGACCUCCCUUACCGACCCUGAAAACACCACCCGGUCGACCCCAAACAUCUCGGCCGCCGACGCGACCCUCCACCUCGGCAGCUCCACCUUUAUCGCCGCGCCUCCGUCCCACGUCUGGGAAGUGCUGACGGACACCUCCACCUGGCCAGCAUGGAACACCUUCGUGCCUCGCGUAACCAUCCGCUCGCAGCCCGACGGACCAGCCGCCGCACCCCUCUCUCCCGUCCUGCGCGCUGGGACGAAGAUAACUUUCCACGUCUGCAUGGACCCCGCAGCCUCAAAGCCGCAGCCACCCGCUGAUACCCACCUUAUUGUGACGGAGGCCGUGGCCCCGAACCCCGGGGCUGGAAGCCCGGGGCGGAUUAUCUGGGUAACAGACCCGGAUGCCCCGGGCGCAUUCUGGCGGUCUUUGCUUAAUGCGGAGCGGGUGCAUGAGCUGAAGGAGGUGGAGGGGGGCACGGAGGUGAGGAAUUGGGAGUGUCAGAAGGGUUAUCUGGUUCAUGUGGUGAAGUGGAUGUAUGGGAGUCUGUUGCGGACCAAUUUCCAGCGGUGGGUGGAGGGACUCAAGGCGCAGGCUGAGACAGGGCAAUCUGCGACAGAGUAA